AUGCGAGCCAGUAGCUUAAUCUCUUUGGCAAUCGCCCUUGUGACGUCACAUGUGCGUGGAGCGCCAAGUACGUCAACUCGCAAACUCGAGCCCAUGCCACAAGGCGAAGAGGAUGCCCUUAAAGAGAUUGAAAGCUUUUUGGGGAAGAAGCUUGAGAGAGAGCUGACAAAACUCACUUAUUGGGGUAAACGCGACCCGGAACCAUGGAACGGUCCGUUGUGGGACACGUGUUCCGAUAGUAUUAACCUUGAGUGGAGAAACGAUGUCUCUCCUUCUGCCAAGUACGCGCUAGCCUUUGGGUUGAACGUGGAGGAAUUCAUGGAUAAAGUAUCGGCCAAGUUUGGCAUCGAUUCGAUGAAGAGUCAGAGCACUGAGUGUACGUCCGAGUGCUUAAAUCAUGGGGAUGUUUGCUCCUUUCGUAAGAACUCGCAUGUAGGAUAUUGCAUUUCGCAAUGGAGCAGUCUCUCUCAAGGAGUGGCACAGGCUGCUAUGCUCGAGCAAGAACCUCUUUGCCCUGUAACUGUCAACAAUGUGACAUUUCAUCCGAAUGACAUCAAGGGAUUGAUUUCAAUUGUUUAUGCUGAGGCCAACGUCCCUACGAUUUUUGGUGGACGAUACUUUGACGGUCAAAAGCAAACAUUUGAUAAGAAUGGUCGAUCUUCUGCACCUGAGUAUCGUGACGUGACCCCCUCGUUUUUUCAUAUCGUUGCUGCCAACCUUCUCGGAAACAUGAAUCAAGCUUUCAUUUUUGACUGGUAUACUGGUGAAAGUAUCCAACAUCAGGCCGUAUCUGGAUUUGAUGUGUAUUUGGAGAGUCCCAUGACAUUGCAAGAUGCUGCGCGAAAAUUCUUCAAUUCGACGUCGUACACUUACAAUGGAAAGGCAACUGAAGUUGUUCACGUAAGUUCCAGUCUAAGCUGGAGCGAUAAGGCGGUUGAGACUGACCCAAAUCGUCCAUUGACUGUUGCCGCCUCCUCUAGUGUAAAGCUCAGCUACCUUUUAGAGGUUAACAAGAAAGGAGAUGCAAUCGGAGGCGAGUGGGUGGGUGAAUCACUAUACCAACAUCCUGACGUCAUUAUCCUCCCGAAAAGCAAACCAGCUGCUGACUUUGUAUCCAGCAUUGGCGUGAGUUAUGCUAACGUUCUGACGCUGAUCGAAAAGUCGGCAGCGUGCUCUGAUUCAGCAACUCAAACCGUUGUCAAUUGA